GAUGGCCGUGCGCGAGUGAACUGUACCAGUUCAAAAGUUGAGGCUGGAUUGUUCAAACCUUACAUUGAAACUUUUGUUAUUUUUCGGUCCGUAGUAAUACCUUAAUUAAUAUAAUUUGUCUCUUCUAGCCUCGGUACACAGUUUGGUCUCGCCGUUGGGAUCUUUAUUGUCAGGACCUCUUCUGGACGUUAUCGGUAGACGAGGAUGCCUUCAGCUGUCAUCAAUUCCACUCUGCAUUGGAUUUGCCGUAAUAGGAAUGGCCAAGAGCAUUCCUUGCAUAUUGGCCGGGAGGCUCAUCGCUGGUUUCGCUGUGGGUCUGGUCGCAGUACCAGCGCAGGUCCUAAUUGGCGAGAUGGCAGAUCCAGGACUUCGUGGUCUUUUGGUUGGGAUUCCCUUUGCUGCAUACAGUAUGGGAAUUCUCUUUGUUUACAUACUGGGUGCUACUUUCAGCUGGGAAACUGUUGCCUUUUGCGGAACCGCGUUGCCCCUCUUGGCACUCCUCACUUUGAGCCUGAUACCAGAGAGUCCUGCGUGGCUCGUGAAACGCAGAAGAAUCGAUGCUGCCAAAAAAGCUCUUCUUUGGCUCAGAGGUGGAGACAUUGUGCAGGUCAAUACCGAAAUAGCUCUUUUGGAAGCCAGAGCCAAGGCUGACGUGGCCAGGAUCUCUUCCACGGCUUCCUUGAGUCAACAGGCCACUUCGGCUAUAUCGAAGAUCCUUAAUCCAGGAGUCCUGAAGCCAUUGGCUAUUAUAAAUAUAUUUAACUUUCUACAGAUCCUCAGCGGUACCUACGUUAUCGUUUUCUACGGUGUUAACAUCAUUAGUAAACUUGGAGGGGACAGUGUGGAUAAAUACAUGGCAGCUGUAGUGACGGCCGCCAUUAGAUUUCUUUUUUGUCUGGUGUGCUGCGUCUUGCUACUGAAAGUUGGUCGAAGGCCUCUUGGAAUAAUUUCUGCCAUUGGCACAGCAGUUACUUGUCUUAUUUUGGCUGGUUAUAUGCUUGCGAAAAAGGAAAAUUCUACCGUAGACGCAUACGUCAUUGGGUUUUGUCUUCUCAUGUACGUCGCUGCCAAUACGAUUGGACUUAUGAGUCUUCCUGGUGUCAUGCUGGGCGAAUUACUUCCUCUGAGGGCCAGAGGAAUUGGCGGUGGAUCCACAUUCUUUAUAUUUAAUCUGCUAAUCUUUAGCCUCACCAAACUUUUUCCUUUGAUUACCGAGCGUGUUGGCAUUACUGGAGUAUUUACUAUUUUUGGAGCUUCGGCGCUGCUCGAGUCAGUUUUUGUUUACGUGGCUCUGCCGGAAACGAAAGGACGCAGUCUUCAACAGAUUGAAGAUUACUUCCAGCAAGGAAACGUCCUCUGGGUAACGAGAAAAAGGGAACCAAAGAGUAAUGAUGGAUUAACAAUAGUCAACGUAUAGUUUUAAGUAUAUGUGGAAACGUGAUGCUUUGUAUAUACUGGUACAGUUAGUUUUGUAUUAUUAAUUUAUACUGUACGUAUUAUUUAAAUUUGUAUAAACACAUUUUACACUGUUUGACAAACAGAA